UAACUGAGUCAUCGUCAUACGCCAAGAGCACGUCGCGCGUGUUUGUGUGUGAAUUUGUGUGAGAGAGUGUGCAACAUAUAAAGGGUGUCUUUGUUUUUGCAUAAAAUCGAUAUAGACAGCGGAUCAAGCUCGAGCCCUCAGACCUCAGACACGAGAAUUACAACAAACAUGGCCUAUUUGCCUAACGAACGCCUAAAAUGGCUAACACUGUGCGCAGCUGUUGCCAUUGUUGCCACUGUCCAGGCUGCCAAUCCGCCUGAUGCCGACCAAAAGGGACCAGUUUUCCUCAAGGAACCCACGAAUCGCAUUGACUUCUCGAACUCCACCGGCGCCGAAAUCGAAUGCAAGGCCAGCGGUAAUCCCAUGCCCGAAAUCAUUUGGAUACGCAGCGAUGGAACUGCAGUUGGCGAUGUACCCGGCUUGCGUCAGAUCUCAUCCGAUGGCAAACUGGUCUUUCCACCCUUCCGUGCCGAGGACUAUCGCCAAGAGGUGCAUGCCCAGGUCUAUGCUUGUCUGGCACGCAAUCAGUUUGGCUCCAUCAUCUCACGGGAUGUGCAUGUGCGCGCUGUCGUUGCUCAAUACUACGACACUGAUGUAAAUAAGGCGUAUGUCAUACGCGGCAAUGCGGCAGUUUUAAAGUGUGAGAUACCCUCAUUUGUCGCUGAUUUUGUUAGCGUUGUAUCCUGGCAUACGGAUCAGAAUGAGGACUUUUUGCCAGGCAGCGAAUAUGAUGGCAAAUAUCUAGUACUGCCUUCUGGUGAGCUGCAUAUUCGUGAAGUUGGACCUGAGGAUGGCUACAAGAGUUACCAAUGCCGCACCAAGCAUCGUCUGACUGGCGAGACACGUCUGAGUGCAACCAAGGGUCGCUUGGUGAUUACAGAACCCGUGGGCUUUAAGGCGCCCACAUUUCCCAGUGUUGCCAGCACUUUUACCAUACACGCGCCGCUUAGCAGCAGCUUGGCCUUGACCUGUGAGGCUCAAGCUUAUCCUGUGCCUUUUAUAAGAUGGUACAAAUUCAUUGAGGGCACCACUCGCAAACAGGCUGUGGUAUUGAAUGAUCGCGUUAAGCAAGUCUCUGGCACACUUAUUAUCAAGGAUGCAGUCGUCGAGGAUUCUGGCAAAUAUCUUUGCGUAGUGAACAACUCUGUGGGCGGUGAAAGCGUUGAAACUGUCUUAACUGUAACUGCACCACUCUCGGCCAAAAUCGAUCCACCCACACAGACCAUUGACUUUGGACGUCCCGCUGUAUUCACCUGCCAAUACACUGGUAAUCCCAUCAAGACUGUCAGCUGGAUGAAGGACGGCAAGGCCAUGGGACACAGCGAGCCCGUGCUGCGCAUUGAAUCGGUCAAGAAAGAGGACAAGGGCAUGUAUCAAUGUUUUGUGCGCAACGAUCAGGAAUCCGCCGAGGCCAGCGCUGAGCUUAAGCUGGGCGGUCGUUUCGAUCCUCCUGUGAUACGUCAGGCCUUCCAAGAGGAGACCAUGGAGCCCGGACCAAGUGUGUUCCUCAAGUGCGUUGCUGGCGGCAAUCCUACACCUGAAAUCUCCUGGGAACUCGAUGGCAAAAAGAUUGCCAACAAUGAGCGCUAUCAAGUGGGACAAUAUGUAACAGUAAAUGGCGAUGUGGUCUCGUAUCUGAACAUUACCUCGGUGCAUGCCAAUGAUGGUGGAUUGUACAAAUGCAUUGCCAAGAGCAAAGUGGGCGUGGCUGAGCACUCGGCCAAGUUGAAUGUCUAUGGAUUGCCCUACAUUCGGCAAAUGGAGAAGAAAGCUAUUGUUGCUGGAGAGACGCUAAUGGUGACUUGUCCCGUUGCUGGUUAUCCCAUCGAUUCUAUUGUCUGGGAGCGUGACAAUCGCGCUUUACCCAUAAAUCGCAAGCAGAAAGUUUUCCCCAAUGGCACGCUGAUAAUUGAAAAUGUGGAACGCAACUCGGACCAGGCAACCUACACAUGUGUGGCCAAAAAUCAGGAAGGUUACUCCGCACGUGGAUCACUCGAAGUGCAAGUCAUGGUGCCACCGCAGAUUGUGCCCUUUGCCUAUGACGAUGUCAUCAAUGUGGGCGACUCUAUAGACUUGUUUUGUCAGCUGCAGAAGGGCGAUCGUCCUGUGCGCAUACACUGGAGCUUUGAGCGCAGCUCGAAUGAGGCGAGCGAUGCCAGUUUGCUGCAACUGCAGCAGCAGCCACAAAUGCGCACCAAUCGCAUUAGUGGCAAGACUAGCAUGUUGUCCAUAGCCAGCGCAAGUCCAGCGCAUACGGGUCUCUAUAGCUGCAUUGCCAGCAAUGUAGCGGGCACUGUCAGCUAUGACGUCAAUCUUACAGUGAAUGUACCACCCAGAUGGAUUUUGGAACCCACCGAUAAGGCUUUUGCUCAAGGCUCCGAUGCUAAAGUUGAAUGCAAAGCUGAUGGUUUCCCCAAGCCCCAAGUAACCUGGAAGAAAGCAGUUGGCGACACUCCCGGCGAGUACAAGGAUCUGAAGAAGAGCGACAAUAUACGCGUGGAGGAAGGCACUUUGCACAUUGACAACAUACAAAAGACCAACGAGGGAUAUUAUUUGUGUGAGGCUAUCAAUGGCAUUGGCUCGGGACUUUCUGCUGUUAUUAUGGUCAGCGUACAGGCACCACCAGAGUUUACCGAGAAGCUGCGUAAUCAGACCGCUCGUCGUGGCGAACCCGCUGUACUCCAAUGUGAAGCAAAGGGCGAGAAACCCAUUGGCAUUUUAUGGAACAUGAACAACAUGCGCCUGGACCCCAAGAACGACAAUCGCUAUACCAUACGUGAGGAGAUUCUAUCCGCUGGCGUCAUGUCUAGUUUAUCUAUCAAACGCACCGAACGUUCCGACUCUGCGCUCUUCACCUGUGUGGCCACCAACGCUUUUGGCUCGGACGAUGCUAGCAUUAAUAUGAUUGUGCAGGAGGUACCCGAGAUGCCCUAUGCUCUAAAGGUGCUCGACAAAUCCGGACGCUCGGUGCAGCUGAGCUGGGCACAACCCUACGAUGGCAACUCUCCACUGAAUCGCUACAUCAUUGAGUUCAAGCGCUCGCGUGCUUCCUGGGAGGACAUUGGUCGCGUCAUGGUGCCUGGACAUACCACCGAGGCGCAAGUACAGAAACUUAGCCCCGCUACCACCUAUAACAUUCGCAUUGUUGCCGAAAACGAAAUUGGCUCAUCCCAAUCCUCCGAAGCAGUUACUAUUAUUACUGCCGAAGAAGCGCCCUCUGGCAAGCCACAAAACAUUAAAGUCGAACCUGUUAACCAAACCACGCUGCGUGUCACCUGGAAGCCACCAGCACGCUCCGACUGGAACGGCGAAAUCCUGGGCUACUAUGUUGGCUAUAAACUAUCGAGCACCAACUCCUCGUAUGUCUUUGAAACCAUCAACUUUAUCACCGAAGAGGGCAAGGAACACAACUUGGAGCUGCAAAAUCUGCGCGUCUACACUCAGUACUCGGUGGUUAUACAGGCUUUCAAUAAAAUUGGCGCUGGUCCUUUGAGCGAUGAGGAGAAACAGUUCACUGCCGAGGGCACACCCAGUCAACCACCUAGCGACACUGCCUGCACCACUUUAACCUCCCAAACCAUACGCGUUAGCUGGGUCAGUCCACCACUGGAAUCUGCCAAUGGCGUCAUCAAGACCUACAAGGUUGUCUAUGCCCCAAGUGAUGAGUGGUAUGAUGAGACCAAGCGUCACUACAAGAAGACGGCCUCCUCCGAUACUGUGCUGCAUGGACUCAAGAAGUACACCAACUACACUAUGCAGGUGUUGGCCACCACAGCUGGCGGCGAUGGCGUGCGCAGCGUGCCCAUUCACUGCCAAACCGAACCCGAUGUUCCUGAGGCUCCCACCGAUGUUAAGGCUUUGGUUAUGGGCAAUGCUGCCAUUCUCGUCAGCUGGCGUCCACCAGCACAGCCCAAUGGCAUCAUCACCCAGUACACUGUCUACUCCAAGGCUGAAGGCGCAGAGACUGAAACCAAGACCCAGAAGGUGCCACACUAUCAAAUGAGCUAUGAAGCCACCGAACUGGAAAAGAACAAACCCUAUGAAUUCUGGGUGACUGCCAGCACCACCAUUGGCGAGGGUCAGCAAUCCAAGAGCAUUGUAGCCAUGCCCAGCGAUCAAGUGCCCGCCAAGAUAGCCUCCUUCGAUGACACCUUCACUGCUACAUUCAAGGAAGACGCCAAGAUGCCUUGCCUGGCCGUUGGUGCACCACAACCCGAAAUCACUUGGAAGAUCAAGGGUGUGGACUUUAUACCCAAUGAACGCAUGCGCUUGCUACCCGAUGGCUCGCUGUUGAUUAAGUCUGUCAAUCGUCUGGAUGCGGGUGACUACUCCUGUCAUGCUGAGAACUCCAUUGCCAAGGAUUCAAUUACCCACAAACUGAUUGUACUGGCGCCACCCCAAUCACCACAAGUAACUUUGUCUGCCACCACCACCGAUGCUCUGACUGUGCGCUUGAAGCCACAUGAGGGCGACACUGCACCACUCCAUGGCUAUACACUGCACUACAAACCUGAAUUUGGCGAAUGGGAAACUGCUGAAGUAUCUGUCGAAUCUCAAAAGCACAACAUCGAAAGUUUGCUAUGCGGCUCGCGUUAUCAAGUUUAUGCUACAGGAUUUAACAACAUUGGCGCUGGCGAAGCUUCUGAUAUUUUAAAUACACGCACCAAGGGACAAAAGCCCAAGCUGCCCGAGAAGCCACGUUUCAUUGAGGUCUCUUCCAAUUCGGUUUCAUUGCACUUCAAGGCCUGGAAGGAUGGCGGCUGCCCCAUGUCUCACUUUGUUGUCGAAAGCAAGAAGCGCGAUCAAUUGGAAUGGAACCAAAUCUCGAACAAUGUCAAGCCCGACAACAACUACGUGGUGCUGGAUCUGGAGCCCGCUACUUGGUACAAUCUGCGCAUCACUGCACACAACUCCGCUGGCUUCACUGUAGCUGAAUAUGACUUUGCCACACUCACCGUGACCGGAGGCACACUUGCCCCACUCGACGACGGCUCGGGUGGCAACACCAAUGUGCAUGCGCGCAUUCCCCUGCCCGCCUGGAUGCCCGAGUGGCUGGAUCUGAACUUUAUGGUGCCACUGAUUGCCACCGUUGUGGUCGUUGCCGUGGGCAUUUGUGUGGUGUGUGUGGCGCUCUCGCGCCGGCGUGCCGACGACUUGCGCGGCGGCCAGAAGGAUGUCUACUACGAUGUAGUUUACAAUCAGACAAUGGGACCUGGUGCCACCCUGGACAAGCGUCGCCCGGACCUGCGCGAUGAGCUCGGCUAUAUUGCUCCACCCAAUCGGAAGCUGCCCCCCGUGCCCGGAUCCAACUACAACACCUGCGACCGGAUUAAGCGAGGUACAGUCAUAACUCGCGGUGGUUUGCGCUCGAACCAUUCGACUUGGGAUCCGCGACGCCCAAAUCUGUAUGAGGAACUGAAGGCGCCGCCAGUGCCCAUGCAUGGCAUUGGUAAUCAUUAUGGCCAUGCUCAUGGCAAUGUUGAGUGCCACUAUAAACAUCCAGGCAUGGAGGAUGAGAUCUGCCCCUACGCCACUUUCCAUUUGCUGGGCUUCCGCGAGGAAAUGGAUCCCACCAAGGCCAUGAACUUCCAGACCUUCCCGCAUCAGAAUGGACAUACUCCCGUGCCCGGCCAUGCUGGCACCAUGUUGCCUCCUGGACAUCCCGGACACGUGCACUCGCGCUCCGGUUCGCAAUCCAUGCCACGCGCCAAUCGCUACCAGCGCAAGAACAGCCAAGGCGGACAGUCCUCCAUCUAUACCCCAGCACCCGAGUACGAUGAUCCCGCCAACUGUGCCGAGGAGGAUCAAUACCGUCGCUAUACUCGCGUCAACUCUCAGGGCGGCAGCCUUUACUCUGGCCCCGGACCCGAAUACGAUGAUCCCGCCAACUGCGCACCCGAGGAGGAUCAGUACGGCUCUCAGUAUGGCGGACCCUAUGGCCAGCCCUAUGAUCAUUAUGGCUCUCGCGGCUCCAUGGGACGUCGCAGCAUUGGUUCUGCACGCAAUCCUGGCAAUGGUUCUCCUGAGCCACCACCACCACCACCACGUAAUCAUGACAUGAGCAACUCCUCAUUCAACGACUCCAAGGAGAGCAACGAAAUCUCUGAGGCCGAAUGUGAUCGCGAUCAUGGACCACGCGGCAAUUACGGCGAAGACUCCAAUGAGGCUGUGAAAAGAUCACCACAACCGAAAGAUCAACGCACCACCGAAGAAAUGCGUAAAUUGAUUGAGAGUCGCAGACAGUUAAACGAAGCCGGCCCAAAACAACUCCAACUCCAACAAGCAAAUGGCGCAGGAUUCACAGCCUACGAUACUAUGGCAGUGUAAUUUGUAAGCGAAUGCAGCAGCAGCAGCUGGGCGUGGCAUUUUGGCUUAGUGUCGACGGCUUAUGAAGUGCGUGGGAGUUGAAUGAAACACACACAGACACACACUCACACACACAUUUAUACACCUAAGCAGUCAUUGAGGAUGAAUGAAUGAAAGUAAAAGUUUGAUAACUAAGUAAAAUCACACAAUUAAGCAAACGCAUUUAGCGCAUAUAUACAAUUAUUAACUAUUUCAAGUAUAAUAACAUAAAAUAUACACAUAUAUACUA